UUCACUUAACACUAGAAACACAUGCUUUUUCUUAGCUCUAUGUUGUAUACGUAGAUUUUGCUGUUUUGGUGGAUAAAAUCGGCACCAUGUUCGUGCGUAAUUCCCCGAGAAGGAGCCACGGCGCUGACGUCUCCCCGCCAUGUUUUAAUGGGCAUCCACUUCUGGCUAUGUUCUUCCAAAAUGAGGGAUCUACACUCCUCUGUGAUGACUGGAUUAUGUUUUUGGAGAUCACUUAACGCAGCUUGCAAAGUAGGAGAUUUGGGAACGAGCUCUGGAAACGAGAGCGUGGAGUGACAGGCACGGUCCGCAUGAUGGAUUAUCAACAAAAGAGUGGACGCCAGGGACAGAGGCACUGGGCUGAGAAGAUGGCAAGAAAUCCGGGGCCAGAAGCUCGGCGCUCUCUGGAAAGCUGCCAUGUGACAUUUGGCUGCCAGCGCUCUGUCACAAGGUCAAAGGGGCCCCGGCAACGCGCACUUAAUGGAAACGCACAGAGUUCCACACAACGUCCACCAAAAUCACUUCUUGGGGAUUUCUCUGGAAAACGGUUUUGCUCCUCAACCAGCCACACACCAAAACAAGCAACGGCAGCACAGACAGAGCGGGCAGACUGGAGAGACGCCUGGGAGAGGAAACCCCAAGUGUAGCAUGAGUAAAAAGAUCUUUCCUUGGAUGAAAGAGUCCAGACAGACCAAUGAGAAACACAGGAGCCAGACGAGCAUUGCAGAUUCCAAUGACAAGUGCGCUAGCGCGUCCCCGUCCUCGAAACGCACGCGCACAGCAUACACGAGCGCGCAGCUCGUGGAGUUGGAGAAGGAGUUUCACUUUAGCCGGUAUUUGUGCAGACCCAGGCGCGUGGAGAUGGCCAAUCUACUGAACCUGCACGAGCGCCAAAUCAAGGUUUGGUUUCAGAAUCGGCGCAUGAAACAAAAGAAGGAUGAGCGCGUGAAGGGCCUAGGAACAUCUUGCUCCCCCUCUUCACCCUCCGAACCAGAUAGCCCCACCCUCUCCAGCCUGGGCUAUGUGCAUUUGGGUCCAGAUAUCCCAGUGUCCCCUCCACCAAAAGUCCAGCUGCAGUCCAUGACGUACCAAGAGACAGAACACUUCUCCAAAUACGCAGCUCCCGGAGGUGACCCUCGCUUUACGCACGGGCCACAAUUUAACGCGGACUUUGACGCGCACGGCCACUCGCACGUGGUGGGACUAAACGAUCCUCAAGGCUCAUAUUUCUCUCAUAGCUGCCCUGCUCAGGACAGAAUCAUGCAGGCUCCAAAGCUGACUCAUCUGUAGCACGUUUGGCUGGACUUUAGUCUGUGUUGUGGAUAGGCCAAAUUAUAGUCUGACACAAUGGUAUUUUA